AUGUCGCUGGUGAUUUACCUUGUCAAGAAGAGGGACGAAAAGAGUCACAAGAGGCAGGUUCUGUUGCUGGGUCUUGUCCUUGUCCUGGUUUGUGCCGCCCAGGAAACGCCAGCUGAGAUAGACCCCUCAAAGGUACCCAGAAUGAGUACAGGAGAGUGGCGCACCAUUUACGCAGCUGCAGAUAACAAGGAGAAAACUAUGGAAGGGGGACCGCUGAGGGGCUACUAUCGUCAGGUUGAAUGUAUCAAUGACUGCGAAUACCUCUCCACUACAUUUUAUGCCAAGGAUGACGGAAGAUGUCAGUCAUUCACAAAAGUGAUAAAGAGACAAGAAGGAGAUGCUUACGUCUCAGAACUCUCAGGUACAAAUGUUUUUCAACUGAUUCAUGUAUCAGACAACAUGCUGGUAACUUAUAUUGAAAAUGAUGAUGGAGAGAAGAUCACAAAAAUUACUGAAGGUGUUGGCAGAGGAAAGAGCUUCACUCCAGAAGAACUUCAGAAGUAUCAGGAACUGAACAGUGAAAGGGGGAUUCCAAAUGAAAAUGUUGAAAAUGUCAUCGAAACAGGUAAAGCCCCAGAGGACAAAAGGCUUAAAGAAAAGAAUGACGUAAGAAUGCAAGCACCAUUGAAGCAGUAA